CAGCCUCAAGAGACACCUCUGGUCAAGCAUCCACCGCCACCCACAAUGUCAACACAUACAUAGUGUAUGAGUCCUGCAUUAUGGACCUUUUCCGGGACUGUCCUGUGUGCCAUCGUGUGUGUGACAUAAAGACCCGAAGGAUUGGUACAUUCCUUUCAGUGGAUCAGCUGUGCCCCCACUGUCAGUACUCAAGACAUUGGGAUAGCCAGCCUAUUGUAGGAAGUACUCCAGCUGGGAACCUCCAGCUCUCCACUGCAGUGUAUGUCAGUGGAGCAUCAUUCUUCAAACUUCAAAGGGUCUUCAACGCAAUGAAACUGCAGGUUUUCAAAUAUGACACCUUCCAAAGGCAUGCCAGAAUGUUCAUCGAGCCAGCUAUUGUGAACAAGUGGAAUACAUCGCAGGAAGAGAUGCUGCAGCGGCUCAGUGAGGACGAUAAAGUAAUUGUUGGUGGUGACAUGAGGGCAGACUCCGCAGGCCACUGUGCAAGGUUAGGCAGCUACACAAUGAUGGACCUCAAGACCAACACUGUUGUUGAUAUUCAGUUGGUUCAGAGCAACGAAGUGGGUGGAAGUGACCACAUGGAGAAAGAGGGUCUGAAGAGGAGUCUGGCGUUGUUGGACAAACAUGGUGUGACUCCAGAGUGCAUCGUCACCGACCGUCAUCCGCAAAUUCAAAAAUAUCUACGGGAGUGCAACAUCACCCAAUUCUAUGAUGUCUGGCACAUAGAGAAAGGAAUUUCUAAGAAACUUGAUCCAGUUGCAAAAUCAAAGGAAGGUGAGAAACUACAGAAGUGGAUGAAGAGCAUAAAAAAUCACAUCUACUGGACUGCAGAAACAUCCUCAACAGGCCCUGAGAGAGUGGCCAAAUGGACCUCCAUCCUGAACCAUGUGCAGGAUAUCCACACACAUGAGGACCCCAUUUACCCCCAGUGCACUCAUCCACUGCGCAAAACCAGGGACCCCAGGAAAUGGCUUGCAGCUGGAACUCCUGCCUUCUAUAAGCUGGAGAAAGUGCUCACUAACAAGAGGAUUCUGAAGGAUGUGGAAAAACUGAGCCCCCACCACCAGACUUCAUCUUUGGAGGCUUUCCAUAGCGCAAUCCUCCGUUUUGCUCCAAAGAAUGUUGUCUUUCCAUUUCUUGGAAUGCUGUGCAGACUUUACCUGGCGUGCCUGCAUUUCAACGAAAAUGCAAACCGGGCACAAGCAAGAUCAUCAGCUGGAGACCCACUAUUCAGACUGCAGUUCCCAAAGGCCAGGACGGGAGAAUGCAGAGCAAAAGUUGUAAAGACUGACCCGACAUUCCGAUAUGUGGAUGACCUAAUGGACCUGGUCUUUGAAAAAGUCUUUGUGGACCCGGCACCAUACACGGAGGAGAUAAUGAAGAUCAACAUCCCAGAGGACCUGUGUGCAAAUUAUGAGCGGCCAGACAAAGAGUCCGUCAUAAACGACUUUGUGUCCAGGUUCAAUGCAGUGGCAGUCUGAAUCCCUCGUAGCUGGCCAGGGCGUCAGGAAACUCCCUGCGGAUCCGCAGUACCACACAGGCCGGAAUUACAACGCGGAUCCUGCGCCCAAGGAAGCCCCAGCACCAGCUCACAAAGGUUGGACAAUAUACAUGUAUUUAGUAAACAGCGUGUCAGGAGCCAAACUUGAAAACUUAGUCAUGUUAUUAUCAGUAUGUCCCUGUUUUACUUUGUACUUUUUGAUGUGGCUUUUUACAUUUAUUGUAAGCAAUAAGAAAUAUCUCACAAUAUGAAACACUGUGGUGUGUCAAAAAUGACUUUCUUAUUUAUGGGUUCAGUGAAUCCUUUGUUUUUCUAUUCAUAUAUUAUGAGAAUGGUGUUCUAUUGAUUGAACAUAACAAUAAAGGCUUUACAGUAUCUGUAAAA